AUGUUCACCUAUCGCGAAUGUGAUCUGCCCGAUGACCCUGUGUUUCCAACUGAUCUGACGAAGCUCGGGUACUUCAUCAACGACAAUGAUCAGAUUCGCAUGAUCUCCGACCCCGAGCUGGGCUUCCAGUACAAGAUCAACCGAAACGAUCGUUUCAACGUGAAGCAGCGCGAAGCAUUCAACGAAUGUAUUCGCAAGAUCGUGUUUGAACGCAUCACUGCUGCGGGCCUUGGUGUCCUGCGCCUGCCACUCGGUGCCAUGCAGAACGACGCCCAUGUGCCCAUCCUCGUGUCCGACAAUCUGCACAAGGCUUCUCGUUUCGUCGUGUACUUUGGUGAACCCAACCAAGAUCUGGGGAUCUGGAGCAACCGUGCAAUCGGGUCCGAUGGCAUCCAGGUCGGGUGCAUGGUCGAGUUCGCGCAGGCUGUGCUUGGCGAGGACAGACAUCCCACUGGCACCGCCCUCAUCCUGGCAAACUCGGGUCAGUUGGUCUGGUACUGCGCCGGGGGCAAGGCUAUGACACAGGAGAGCUGGCUUGCGCUGAAUCUUUCUUCGGCCGUGGACAGCCUGCCGUCCCAAACCAACCGGAACAAGAUCUUGGGCAACCUCAAUGCGUUCCAGCACGUCCAAUACAUCUUCGAAUGGAUCCUGUCUCCACGCCUCCGCCAGGGCACCACCGUUGAUGUGAUCGCCAUGUCUGAAGGUGGUUUGUCUGCCAUGCAUUACCUGAAGAAGCAUUGGUCUCUCUGGCGCAACCACAUCUCCGGCAUGUGUGUGGGUAGCCCGAUCCAGACUGUACUCUUCGACCUCGACAAGACCGAACUUUCCAACCCCGAUUCCUUCACUGCAUUCGUCUCCCGGCGCUGCCGUGGGUACCUCGUGGGCCCCAACGUGCUUGGAACCCCCGAAGCUGGCUAUGUCGAGCACGGCUGCAACUGCUAUGCUUCUGGUGAGGAUUCCUUUACUGAAUGCAUCAUGCCCAAGGCCUGGCGCCACAUGCUGUCUUGGCUGGACAAGCUUCAGGUCGAUCCGUCCUACCAGGAACAGCCAAGACUUCUUCUGGGCGAUAUGGAUGCAGGUAUCCAACAGCCUCUUGAGCGGAUGGUGUCCAUGAGCAACGCCGAGACUGACAUUGAUGAGGAGGUCUUGCGGAAUACCGAUCCAAGUGAACUUGGUGGUGAUAUCGUUGUCACUGAGGCUAUGAGCGGUUCUCGGGAUAUCCAGAAGAAGCGAGAUUACAACGACAAGGUCCUGGAAUGGGCACAGGGUCUCGCGGAGGAGGACAAGGAAAAUUAG